AUGGCUUCUACCAGUAUCCAGUAUUUGAACAGCCGAAGCCAAGCUUCACCAGAGAAUCAUGACCUCAAAUCCAGCAUUAUUCUGUUAUCAUGGGCAGCGUUCGACACCGAGUGUGAUCUGAUAGCUGAACACCAUUUACCACGAAGUGGUAUCGAACAUGUAAUUGACCUGACACCGUUCCCAACCUUUGCAAAUAACGAUGCCCAAGAAACACACGUCUUCCUUGCCGAGCUGUCUGUCCGUCGUCUGCUCAAUAGAGUACACCACACUAUGUACGGAAGUGACUGGACAAGGCGCAGCCUUGGUCUACAGCCAGCUUCAAGUGACAGCCCUUCGUAUGACUUCCAAUCGCUCUCUACGAUCUUGAAUGUCUCCCAAGAGCUUGACCGACAGCUCAACAAUUGGUUUGACCUGUUACCGGGAACUAUCAAACCAGAUAUAAACGAUCCGUCUCGAUGUACUGGCCUUCAACUCAAUAUGCUCCACCGCUUCCACUCCGCCAAGGAUAUCAUAACAAGACCAUUUCUUCUUUGUGCAAUUGACUUAUUACCUGAGACUGAUGUUCUUCCUAUGGUGCUCAAACAGUGCGAGUCCAGUAUAGCCAAUUGUCGGGCGUAUCUCGAUGCCUCAGCCCGGAGACUAAUGGGCCCGACAUUCUGUGCGGAGAUCAUUAUUCAUACGAUGUUCUCUUCUAUUCUCCUCCUGACCCUAGGCUCUGUUUGUCCAGCUUUGGCGCACUUGGUACCGGAUAUUGAUACUCUGCAGAAGAACACGAUAGACAGUAUCGAGCGAUUUGCCGUGGAUGGCUCUUCUAUGCAGGAGAUUCAUGGGAUCAUUGUAUUAUUACACAGUAAAACACGAGUUCUCAGGCGGGCUAUGUAG